AAUACAUAAAGUCAUAUAGUUAAGGUACAGAAUAGAUCCACUGCCCCUCAAAUUCUCUCUUGCUCCUGCUUUAGGACCUCUUGCCACUACUGAUGUGGCCUCAACCUUCAGUUUUGUCUUUCCCAGAAUGUCCUAUAAAUGAAUUAUACAACAGGCAGCCUUUGGAGAGGCUUCUUUCAUUUAGCAUAAUAGAUCUGAGAUCCCUAGGAGUAGGAUCAGCUGUUUCAUUCCCUGGAACAGCCAAGAAGAAAGACCUAACCCCUGGGCCUUCCUCUGCAGCCAUGUCUGAGCUCAGCGAUGAAGCCAGUGAGCCGGAGCUCCUGAACAGCAGUUUGUCCAUGUGGCACGGGCUGGGGACUCAGGUCAGCCGGGAGGAGCUGGACGUCCCCCUGGAUCUUCACACAGCGGCUUCCAUUGGCCAGUAUGAGGUGGUGAAGGAAUGUGUGCAGCGGAGAGAGUUAGAUUUGAAUAAGAAGAAUGGUGGUGGCUGGACCCCGCUGAUGUAUGCCUCCUACAUUGGACACGAUACCAUCGUGCACCUGCUGCUCGAGGCAGGGGUGAGUGUGAAUGUGCCAACCCCGGAAGGGCAGACUCCACUAAUGCUGGCCUCCAGCUGUGGCAAUGAGAGCAUCGCCUACUUUCUCCUCCAGGUGAGCUAUGAGGGGGCAAAGGCCCAGCAACCCAAGGGGCUCCCUGGCUGCCCUGACAGGACAUGAGGCGCUGCAGGCCAGGGUGUGUGCGUGAGCACAUCAUCACUUCCAAUUCUUUCAGCUGAGGGCCUGGAGGGCGCUGCCUGCCCAUCUGCUCAUAUCAGAGAGUUGGGCUUUAACCUGUGCUCUUUGUUUUCUUGAAGCAAGGUGCGGAGCUUGAGAUGAAAGACAUUCAAGGCUAGACUGCACUCUUCCACUGCACCAGUGCCGGGCACCAGCAGAUGGUCAAAUUCCUUCUGGACAGUGGGGCGAAUGCCAGUGUGAGCAGGGGAGCUGUCACAUGACAGGACUUGUCUCUGCCAAUCACCUGACCGGCCUGUCUUGCAGGGAGCCUGUAUAUGGAUUUACUCCUUUGAUGGAAGCUGCUGCUGCUGGCCAUGAGAUAAUUGUGCAGUGUUUUCUGAAUCACUCACCUCAUUCCGAAUCUUCCCAAAUCGGUCAGAUGAGUGGUGUGGAGGUGGAUGAGGAGCUCCUGGACCUGGAAGUGGGCCCUCCCCAUCCCUUCCCCAAGGAGAUCCCUCACAACGAGAAGCUCCUGUCCCUCAAGUAUGAGAGCUUGGAUUAUGACAACAGUGAAAACCAGCUAUUCUUAGAGGAAGAACGACGGAUCAACCACACGGCCUUCCGAACAGUGGAGAUUAAACGCUGGGUCAUAUGUGCUCUCAUCGGGAUCCUCACAGGUCUUGUGGCCUGCUUCAUUGACAUUGUGGUAGAGAACUUGGCCGGCCUGAAGUACGGGCUCAUCAAGGACAAUAUCGACAAGUUUACAGAGAAGGGUGGACUGUCCUUUUCCCUCCUCUUGUGGGCCACGCUGAACUCUGCCUUCGUGCUCCUUGGCUCCAUGAUUGUGGCCUUUAUAGAGCCAGUUGCUGCCGGCAGUGGGAUCCCCCAGAUCAAGUGCUUCCUCAACGGGGUGAAGAUCCCUCAUGUGGUGCGGCUCAAGACGCUAGUGAUCAAGGUAUCUGGUGUGAUUCUGUCUGUGGUAGGAGGACUGGCAGUUGGAAAGGAAGGACCAAUGAUCCACUCCGGAUCAGUGAUUGCUGCUGGGAUCUCCCAGGGAAGAUCAACAUCACUGAAGCGAGAUUUCAAGAUCUUUGAGUACUUCCGCAGGGACACAGAGAAGCGGGACUUUGUCUCAGCAGGAGCUGCAGCUGGAGUGUCUGCUGCAUUUGGAGCCCCUGUGGGUGGAGUGCUUUUCAGCCUGGAGGAGGGUGCCUCCUUCUGGAACCAGUUCCUGACGUGGAGGAUCUUCUUUGCUUCCAUGAUUUCUACUUUCACUCUGAAUUUUGUUCUGAGCAUUUACCAUGGAAAUAUGUGGGACUUGUCCAGUCCAGGCCUCAUCAACUUUGGAAGAUUUGACUCAGAGAAAAUGGCCUACACCAUCCAUGAGAUUCCCGUCUUCAUCGCCAUGGGUGUGGUGGGUGGCAUUCUUGGAGCUGUGUUUAACGCCUUGAAUUACUGGCUGACGAUGUUUCGAAUCAGGUACAUCCACCGGCCCUGCCUGCAGGUGAUCGAGGCCAUGCUGGUGGCCGCUGUGACAGCCACUGUUGCCUUUGUGUUGAUUUACUCCUCUCGAGACUGCCAGCCCCUGCAGGGGAACUCCAUGUCUUACCCUCUUCAGCUCUUCUGUGCAGAUGGCGAGUACAACUCUAUGGCUGCAGCAUUUUUCAAUACCCCAGAGAAGAGUGUAGUGAGCCUCUUCCAUGACCCACCAGGCUCCUACAACCCCAUGACCCUGGGCCUAUUCACCCUGGUUUACUUCUUCCUGGCCUGUUGGACCUACGGGCUCACUGUGUCUGCUGGUGUUUUCAUCCCAUCCCUACUCAUCGGGGCCGCCUGGGGCCGGCUUUUUGGCAUCUCCCUGUCCUACCUCACAGGAGCAGCAAUCUGGGCAGACCCUGGCAAAUAUGCCCUGAUGGGAGCUGCUGCCCAGCUCGGUGGCAUUGUGAGGAUGACCCUGAGCCUGACAGUCAUCAUGAUGGAAGCCACAAGCAAUGUGACCUAUGGCUUCCCCAUCAUGCUGGUGCUGAUGACUGCCAAGAUCGUGGGCGAUGCCUUCAUUGAGGGUCUGUAUGACAUGCACAUCCAGCUACAGAGUGUGCCCUUCCUGCACUGGGAGGCCCCCGUCACCUCACACUCGCUCACUGCCAGGGAGGUGAUGAGCACUCCGGUGACAUGCCUAAGGAGAAGAGAGAAGGUUGGUGUCAUUGUGGAUGUCCUCAGCAACACAGCAUCCAACCACAAUGGCUUCCCUGUGGUGGAGGACUCAGAUGACACCCAGCCAGCCCGGCUCCAGGGUUUGAUUCUGCGCUCCCAGAUCAUCGUGCUCUUGAAGCACAAGGUGUUUGUGGAGAGAUCCAACAUGGGCCUGGUGCAACGGCGGCUGCGGCUAAAGGACUUUCGUGAUGCCUACCCACGCUUCCCCCCAAUCCAGUCCAUCCAUGUGUCACAGGAUGAGCGCGAGUGCACCAUGGACCUCUCCGAGUUUAUGAACCCCUCCCCCUACACUGUGCCCCAGGAGGCCUCCCUCCCUCGAGUGUUCAAACUGUUCCGGGCUCUGGGCCUGCGGCAUCUGAUGGUAGUGGACAACUGCAAUCAGGUGGUGGGGCUGGUGACCAGGAAGGACCUGGCCAGGUACCGCCUGGGGAAAGGAGGCCUGGAGGAGCUCUCACUGGCCCAGACGUGAGGUGCAGCCCUUUCCUUGGUGGGCAGUGGCACCCCUGGUCCCUUUGCGCCUCCCCCUGGGCUUCCUGGUCUCAGCCAAAGGCUUGCUCCCUGGACAGCGUGGUGGCUGGAACAAAUGUCCUCCAGAGUGGGCCUGGUGGCGUGGACUUGACUCUCAUCAUGGACAGUUGGUUUGCAUCCUCUGUACUCCCCUCUGGCCCUAAGGCCUCACCACUCCCCUUUAGGGAUUUGAUCAAAUAUGUGUGCAGACACAACCCCCACCCUCUGAUGCUCAUUACUUCAGAGCAAGAGGGCCCAGUGUAUGUGACAGGUGAGCUGUGCCUACUUCUGUGUGGUUUCCCAUAGGUACCUGCCCUUCUAGGCCACACUUGCCUGCACCACUAGCUGUUCCUUCUCAGCCACAGGCCCUGUCUCAUCUUCCUCUGGGCAUCAACAGCCUGAGCUUCCUGGGCCUGAGCUAUGGCUUCAGCUGGACCCCAGCAGUCAGGGCCUGCAGCUGACUCCAUGGAGCCCCACAUGGGCAAGACUGUGCCCAGAGGAUAUGUGAAAUGUGCUCUCUGCCAAGGUCUCAAGAGCUGAGGAUCACCUGAGUACCUAACAUCCGAUUCUGCCACACCUUGGGCCUUCUGGAGCUGGGCUCACUAUUCCUAUGAACAGCAGUUGGGAAAGUGGGGUUCUCCAUACCUGAGAAGCUGUGACUUCCCUUCUGACUAUAGUAACCACAAAAUGCAAACUUCACUGGAGGUACUCUCUCUGUUGGCCUCACAGGAUGCCUGGGUCCAGAUCUGGGUAGCUCUGGACAGCCUAGUGAGCACGGGACCCAGGAAUCCCCACCUGCCCACCACACAGCUUGUCAGAGCUCCUCCUGGCUGGGCCAGGCUAGAUCUGGUGUACCUUGGUCACCACAGGCCCCUUCUUAUGGGACUCAUUGUGGGACACUGCUGUCACACAGCCACACAGGACCUCCUGUGGAGGCUGGCAGAUGUGACCAACAAUCCCACCUCCUAGGACACUGCCCCUGCUCUGCUGCCAUGGGGAUGUAGGCCUGAGUGCACUGGAUCCUGGGUAUAAGAAAUAAAGGACUUGAGCACAGCCAA